AUGGAUGCAAAUAUAUGCAGUAACUUCCUUUUAGUAAGGAACUGGUUUCCCGAUAAUUUGAUUGAUGGACAGUAUAAAAUUGUAGAUGAUCAACAUUUGAAAAAAUAUUGUUCUGGUAAUAGUUGUGAUAGUGAUCUCGAAAAAAUUAAUGCUGGAUGUUUAUAUUUGUUUAAUGAAUUCUUUGGGAGUUCUGAGUAUUUUGAGUCUGUUGCAAAAAGUAACACACAUAUUGUUGAAUACAUUAUGAUAUGGCUAAGCUAUAUGUUAAACCUAAAGGAAAAUAAUGAUAACCAGAUCAGUGCUCUACAACAUUUUUAUACUACAUAUAUAAAUAAACAAGAAAGGUAUACUAAUACUAUAACUGAUGUUACAGAAUAUAAUAGUUAUAAGGAUCUUAUAGAUAAAACAAAUAUGGUGAAUAUGGAUAUUAAAGAUAUAUCUAAAUUUUAUUCUGCGUUUAAAUUAUUAUGUGAAAUGUAUACUGGAUUUGAUACAAACACCUCAAAUUGCACGUGCUCGGAAAAAGCUAAUAAAUUUGUUGAAGAAUAUAAAGAACUUAAUAAUAAUAAUAAUAAAGGUAGUUCCUAUAAUAAAAUAUUGUCUACAUUAUCAACUGAGUAUAAUAAAUUAAAAAAUGAAUGUAAAGAUGCUCAAGGUAGCAAUUUUCCACCCCUUUCAGAGAUAAAUACAUCAAAAAUUUCUGUAAAAAGUUUUGAAGAAACUUCUGCACAAACAUCUGUAGCUACAUCAUCAAAUUCGUCGAUAGGAAACAAAUUAUUUACAGUUUUAUCGAUAUUUGGUGCAAUAGCAUUUUUUUUAGGAAUUUCUUAUAAGUAUUCGUUAUUUGGAUUUCGGAAACGACCCCCAAAACAACAUUUAAGAGGAAAGUUAAAAAAGUAA